ACAGCUGCCCCAACAACUGCUGUACCUAAUACUGCAGCACCUACAACAGCAGCAGCUACAACUUCUGCACGUACAACAGCAGCACCUAUGACAACUGCACCUAAAACAACUUCUUCUACAACAGGCGCAUCUUCAACAGCCGCACCCAUCACUUUGGCCCUUGAACCUGUUUACAGCCUCUCACUAGACUUGGGAGGAGAACCUUUCUCAAAUGCCCUUACUGACCCGAGCAGCAGGGAAUACAUAAACCUUGAAGAACGAGUCAUAAAUACGUGUUCUGCGAUAUACAAAAAAGAAUUUGGAAACAAGUUUGGCCACUGCAACGUGAAAAAGUUCAGUGCCUUACCUCCAACACGAGCGACUGGUACUGAAGCAGCUAUUGAGGUUGUGUUCAAUAGGACUACUCCUAUUGCAGAUCUCCCACAGAAUAAUGUCAUUGCUGAAGUCUUAGUAAAAGCUGUGACUAAUCCAAACAAUACUUUCAAUGUGAGCAUAAAUCCAGCCUCAAUCAAAGUACUAGAAGGUCCAGUUCCAGCUACAACCACAGCACCUACAACUGCUGCACCUACAACUGCAACAGCUACAUCUACCUCACUAACAACUGGCAUAUCAACUACUGCUUCACCUACAACAGCAGCACCUAUCACUGCUGCACCUACAACUGCAGCACCUACAACAGCAAGGGUGUCUUUCAGAUCUGUUCAAAGCACAUUUACAAAUGACUUGCUAAAUCCAUCAUCUACAGCUUUUAAAAAUCGAGCUGCAAUGAUAAAGGGACAGCUUGAACCUAUUUUUCUUAGGACAUUCCCUUCCUCCUUCAAGACCUUGGAAGUGGUUUCAUUCAGGAGUGGAUCAGUCAUCAACACCAUUGACCUUAACUUUGUAAGCCCAUUUGCCCCUAAUAACACUCAGAUUGCAAGCACUUUGAUCAACGCAGCUUCAAGCGUCAGUGGCUUCGACAUUGAAGGCAGCUCCAUCAACGUGAACGGCAUCUUGUCAAGUGGAGUAAGUCAGAAGAUGAGUCUCGUCACCGCAUCCUGCCUUGUACUGUUGUCAUGGCUACUGUCAAGCCAACAAUAGCAUACGUACUGAUAAACAUGACUGCCAUCACUGGCAUGAAAAUGGACUUUGUUGUCAGUAAACAUCAAAAAUUCUUGAAUGUCUGAAGUCUUUUACAGCUUUGGAUGAACCUGCUGUCAAAUUCAACUUUUAAGCACCUGGUCAAUGGAACCAUUACUAGAAUAGUAAACCAUAUAAUAUAACAUUAGGCUCUGGAAUGUCAGAAAAUAAUUGCACUAUUAAUAUACAAAUAAAUUCUUUAGUCUUUACUGAGCACUGUCCUAUAAUCAAUAUUUAACUUAGUUUCAGUUUUCUUGACAGAAGGUAACACCAUGAAAUUACUUUCAUUAUGUUCUGAAUGAAGUUUGAUCAAAAGUCAUGGUGUACAUGCCAUGGUAUACAUUAUGUAUGUAUAUAUACAUAAAAAAAGAUCUGUGUCUGUGUGUGUGUGUGAUAUACUGUAUGUGCCAAAAUAAUACACAGUAAAUUCUGUUUCUUCAAAGUAUAUUUAUUUAUGCUGUAUUCUGUGAUAUUUCCAAUAGCUUGUACAAUUUCUGUGAACACUUUACAAUGAUCACAAUAUAAAAUCUUGGAUUAAUUUAAA